ACUCAUUUUUUCUAAAAACUGCAGUUUUUUCUUUUACUAGGUAUAUGUAUACAUUCAUCGCUUCUGUUUAGAUGGCACCAGUAAUACGUUUCAGCCCGCAGUAAUAUAAAAUUAAAAUACUGGCAUAACUUUCUAUUUUAUUAAAAUCAUUUUCCCUGAAUAAUAUAAUACGUUGUUUUAUUGCUGUAUAAAGUAAUUAUGAAGCGAAUGUUGUAUCAUUCAGUUACGAAAUGCAAUACGUCGAUAUGGUUUGUUCCUUCUCAGUAACGUAAUGUGAUGUCUCUGUUGUCGCAUCGACCGCUUCAGUUGUGCGUUGCAGUCAUUAAUUUGUAAAGUACUUUUAAUGAAUAAAUAGUGGUAAAGUACUUUCUGGUUUUUCUUUGGAUGACAAUAAAAAAUCCAUCAAAAUGCCGCGUAUUAUGAUAAAAGGUGGUGUUUGGCGGAACACCGAGGAUGAGAUCUUAAAAGCCGCUGUUAUGAAAUAUGGCAAGAAUCAGUGGAGUCGGAUAGCAUCUCUUUUACAUAGAAAAUCUGCCAAACAAUGUAAGGCACGUUGGUUUGAAUGGUUAGAUCCGAGUAUCAAGAAAACUGAAUGGAGCAGAGAAGAAGACGAGAAACUUCUUCAUCUUGCAAAAUUAAUGCCAACGCAAUGGAGAACAAUUGCACCAAUUAUUGGUCGUACUGCUGCACAAUGUUUAGAACGUUACGAAUAUUUACUCGAUCAAGCUCAGAAGAAAGAGGAAGGAGACGAUGCUGCAGAUGACCCACGUAAAUUGAAACCAGGGGAAAUUGAUCCCAACCCAGAAACAAAACCUGCAAGACCUGAUCCUAAGGAUAUGGAUGAAGAUGAGUUGGAAAUGCUGUCUGAGGCACGUGCUAGGCUUGCAAAUACACAAGGUAAAAAGGCAAAACGUAAAGCUAGAGAAAAGCAAUUGGAAGAAGCUCGUAGACUUGCUGCUCUACAGAAACGUAGAGAAUUGAGAGCUGCUGGUAUCACUGUAUCACAGAAAAAUAAACGCAAACGUGGGGUUAAUUACAAUUCCGAGAUUCCAUUUGAGAAACGACCAGCAGCUGGAUUUUAUGAUACAUCUAAUGAACAUGUUGAUCCACUUGCUAUUGAUUUCUCAAAGAUGAGACAGCAACAUUUGGAUGGAGAAUUGAGACAAGAAAAAGAGGAAAUGGAACGUAGAAAAGACAAGCAAAAAUUGAAACAACGUAAAGAGAAUGAUAUCCCAAUGGGAAUGUUGAAUAAUGAAGAACCAAUAAAGAAAAGAAGUAAACUUGUAUUGCCAGAACCACAAAUAUCUGAUCAAGAAUUGCAACAAGUGGUUAAGCUUGGUAGAGCGUCUGAGGUUGCUCGAGAGGUUGCUACCGAAAGUGGUAUUACGUUAUCGGAUAGUUUACUUGCUGAUUAUUCCUUACCGACAAAUGCAGCUGUAACUCCUCGUACUCCGGCUGCUGCAGACAGAAUUCUCCAGGAGGCUCAAAACGUUAUGGCUCUUACUCAUGUUGAUACUCCAUUGAAAGGUGGAUUAAAUACUCCAUUAAAUAACUCUGACUUUACUAGUGUCGUACCUACAACGAAUGCAGUAGCAACCCCUAACACAAUUUUGGCCACACCAUUUCGUUCUCAGCGUAGCGAUGGAACACCAGCCAAUUCGUUCAAUACACCAGCAUCUGCACGUACACAAAACGGAGUUUUAGCAGCGACUCCAGUUCGCGAUAAACUUAGUAUUAAUCCAGAUGAGAAUGUAGACGGAUCAGAAACUCCAUUAAUACAAAAACAAGUAAAAGAACAGCUGCGUGCUGGUCUGAGUUCUCUUCCAGCACCACGUAACGAUUACGAAAUAGUUGUUCCUGAAGGUGAAACAAAAGAUGAAUCUACUACUUCACCUGCUACAGAAAUUGUUGAAGAUCAGGCUGAUAUAGAUGCCAGACAACAGCAGGAAUUAAUGGAACAAAAGAAAAAGGAAUUAUCUCGUAGAUCACAAGUUAUACAACGAGAUUUACCACGACCGGUUGAUGUAAAUAUGAAUAUCUUAAGACCAUUCAUGGAUACUCCAUUGACGGAUUUACAAAGAGCAGAAGAAUUAAUUAAAAGAGAAAUGAUCACAAUGUUGCAAUAUGAUGCUCUACAGAACCCAGUACAACAAAAUCGUAAAGGUGCUUCGAAUUCACUAGCUCACGCACAAGCGUAUUUAGAGCAACAUCCAUAUAUUAAUUUUGAAGAAGAUGAACUUACCGCUGCUAAGAAGCUCUUGCUGGAUGAAAUGGCGGUAGUUAAAGAUGGCAUGGCCCAUGGAGAAUUAAGUUUAGAUUCCUAUACAACUGUUUGGGAAGAGUGUUUAUCACAAAUAUUGUACCUGGAAACGCAAAAGCGGUAUACACGAGCAACAUUAGCUUCAAAAAAGGAUAGAGUGGAAGCAUGUGAAAGAAAAUUGGAAGAAAAUCGAAUGCAUAUGACCGGAGAAGCUAAACGAGCGGCUAGGAUGGAAAAGAAAUUAAAAGUCCUUACCGGAGGUUACCAGACUAGGACACAAGUAUUAACAAAACAACUACAUGACUUAUGGGAGCAAAUAGAACAAGCACAUUUAGAACUUUCAACAUUCAAGUUUUUGCAAACGCAAGAAGAAGCUGCAGUGCCGAGGAGAGUAAACGCGCUUAUGGAAGAUGUUAAUAGACAAACAGAACGAGAACGUGUAUUGCAAACGCGAUAUGCACAAUUGCAAGAUCAAUUGCAACAGUGUUAAAUAUUGCCAAUCUGAUUUAUUGUAAUAUAUAUUGCAAGUGUUGUAAACGUUUUGUGAAAAACAAAAAGUUACUUUGUAUACAAAUUUACUAAAAACGAUGCUUCGAACAAGCAAACAUUCUCGAAGAUCUCAACUUUGUAUAAUAAAAUAUAUCAUUUAUUUCAAAUUGACAAUCCAGUCAUUUUAGAUUUGAAGAAUUUCAUGUGGAUAUAAUUUAUGCAAAUU